UCAGCACAUCUGGCAAAAGAGGAACGAGUGUGGCACGUGCGCCUGAGUCAGCAAAGAAGGGCGUUUUCGGAAAACCACAGAAGCCACACGCUUCCCGGUCGAUCUGCGGCUCCAAAAGGCCACCCCGAGGGACUGUCUCCCGCAUUGGAGGGCAGCAGAGCCAGGGAAGGACCCACCUGCCGGGAUCGUGGCCAGAGGAUGGCAGGAGGAAACAUCUAUGAAAACACCAUGCCAUUUGGAGCUCAUGAGACCCCUCUGAAGGAAGCUGCGCCCCGGAGGAGGCACCUCGGGGUCCCGGUGGCCUUGGCUUCUCUGGCUUUGCUCCUGGCCGUCUCCCUGGUCGCAGUGGCCACUUUGUACUUCCAGAAGGAAAAGCGCCUGAUGGAACUGGAGGGAGCCCUGCAGGAGGCCAGAUCUUCCCUCUGGCGAAGCGGCGUCUCUUACGGAUCGGAGGAGGCGAUGGAGGGUCUCGGCUUCUUGAAGAACAUCUCUGGGGCCUUUUUGGAGAUCCAGGGCCGGGUGGAGGAGGCCAACGCCUCGAGAGCGGCUGCCCAAGAACGCCUCCGGGACCUUCGGGGCCUGGUCUCGGGCGGCUGGACCUUCUUCGGCGGGAGCGCCUACUUCUUCCUCCAAGAGGCCCAAUCCUGGACGGACGCCGAGCAGAGCUGUCGAUCACGUGGGGCACACCUGACCUCUGUCACUUCCCAGGGAGAGAUGCAGCACCUUUCGCAACAGUCCGGGGGGCAGACCUUCUGGAUCGGCCUGACGGACCAGGAGAAGGAGGGCGCCUGGACCUGGGCCGACGGCACCACGUACGACCCGGGAGCCAGCCUCUGGGCCCCAAGGGAGCCGGACAACUGGUCGGGGGCCCCCGGGAACCAGGAGGACUGCGUCCACGCCUCCAGCCGGUGGAAUGACGCCAGCUGCUCCUACAGCUACAAAGCGUUCUGCAAGAAGGCCGUUCCCUGAGCGGGAGGGCAGCCCCAGAGACACACAGCAACGCAACAAGGGCCAUCACGCUGGCCAAACGCUCCUGGAGAACAGGCGAUGGGCAAGACGUCCGGUCGGAGCGCCAAGCAGUCCUUUCCUUCUCUGGAGGUUUCUGGGUGGACAUCUCUCGGGAGUGGGCACCCUUGGGCCCUCUCUCUGGACUUCAACUCCCACAAUUCCUAGGUUUUCUUUUCCCUCGCAAUCCCAAGUAAACAAUCAUUCCCCCAAAAUAGACUUUCCACCUAAUAAAACUUCAUUUUCUGGA